UUUACGUGGCGGUAGGUUGAAAAAUGUGAUUGCAUGCUAAUUCAUGCAUGACAAAACACUUCUCCAAUCAUCAACAGAAUUAACGAACUGAUCAUCAAUAUUAUUCCGAUUGCCAAAUCUAUCCAUCCGAUCCAUUUCAUCUUUCUAUUUCCUCACCAUUUCCAACAAUUUCCUCUCAUUUAAUUUCUCCUCAAUUUCUUCCAAAUCCCUAAGAUAUCAUUUUCAUUUGCCAGCUUCGAUAUUUGAGACAUCUGUUGUUCAAUUCUUAAAUUUUCAGAAAAUUCAGAUUUUUGGUACGUUUUUUGUGUCGAGUGAUUUAACAUAAGAGUAGUUCGGUUGAUUUUGAUUUUAGUGGAGUAUUUAAUUUUUGGGAUAAAAAAAUUAGGGCUUCAUUAAGGGUUCUGUUGAAUUUUUAUGAAUCAGCAAUGGCAUGUUUAGAUGGUACUGGAAUUUGGGAAAAGUUGAGAUUUUGAUUUGAGCUAGCAGUAUUUGUUUUGGUAUUUUUUUUAUAUUUUUGGAUGGGGAAUAAUUGUGUAGGACCCAAAUUGGCUAACAAUGGGUUCUUACAAUCUGUUACUGCAGCCGUUUGGAAACCUAAUCAAUCUGAAAAUUUACCACUCCCAAAUGAAGGGGAUAAAAGAAAAGAGAAUUCAGUUGAUUCAUCAAAUACAAAUGAUGCAAAGGGUUCUGAUUAUAACAAAUCUUGUAUUCAAAGUAAUCCACCUCCACACCUUAUGAUAAAUGGAGAUAAUACACAAAUGAGUGUUAAAGAGGAGGUUAGGAAUAACAACAAGAAUGCAGAUGCUAAUGAUAAUGUUACUAAUAAGCCCGUGGAGGGCGUGAAACAGAACAAGCCCGGUCAUGUUAAGAGAGUAUCGAGUCUGGGGCUUGAGAUUGAAUCUGUUUUAGGACGAAAAACGGGUAAUUUGAAGGAAAUUUAUAGUUUAGGGAGGAAGUUAGGACAAGGGCAAUUUGGGACGACAUUUUUAUGUGUAGAGAAGUCGAGUGGGAAGGAAUUUGCAUGUAAGUCCAUAGCUAAGAGGAGGUUGAAUACUGAGGAGGAUGUGGAGGAUGUAAGGAGGGAGAUUCGGAUAAUGCAUCACUUGGCAGGACAACCUAGUGUUGUACAAAUUGUGGGGGCUUACGAGGAUGCUGUUGCGGUUCAUGUUGUAAUGGAGCUUUGUGUGGGUGGAGAGCUUUUCGAUAGGAUUAUACAGAGGGGGCAUUAUUCAGAGAAGAAAGCAGCUGAACUUGCAAGGGUAAUAGUAGGUGUUGUAGAAGCAUGCCAUUCCUUGGGUGUUAUGCAUAGGGACCUCAAACCUGAGAACUUUCUUUUUGUCGAUCAGCAAGAGGAGUCGCCCCUGAAGACGAUUGACUUCGGGUUAUCAGUGUUCUUCAGGCCAGGUGAAACCUUUGGUGAUGUCGUUGGAAGUCCUUACUAUGUGGCACCAGAAGUGUUGCGGAAGCAUUAUGGUCAAGAGUGUGAUAUUUGGAGUGCAGGAGUCAUUAUUUAUAUACUACUUAGUGGUGUUCCUCCAUUUUGGGACGAGACGGAGCAAGGAAUAUUUGAACAGGUUUUAAAAGGGGAACUCGACUUUGUGUCAGAACCUUGGCCUACUAUAUCAGAAAGUGCAAAAGAUCUAGUCAGAAAAAUGCUUCUGAGAGAUCCCAAAAAGCGGUUGACAGCCCAUGAAGUUCUUUGUAAGAUGCAGUAUUCACCAGUCUGA